GCGGUCGUCGCAAUGCCGGCGAGGGGCUGCGGCCCAGCCGGGGUUCGGAGGGCAGGCCCAUUUCCCCCCCGCCACAAACCUCCACGCCCCGCCGGGCGUUUUCCCUCCUUCUCCCCGGGACAUGCCCUUCCACCCCGGGACUCCCCGUCCCCCUGCUUUCUUCCUGGGACACCGUCCUCUCCUCUUUCUCUUCUUCCUCCCUGGGACGCCCUUCCCUCUCCCUCCUCCCCUGGACCUCCUCCGGCCUCUCCGUCUGCGUCCUCCCCGCCCCGCCCGCCUUCUCCCUGGGACACCGUCCUUUCCUCUUUCUCUCCUUCCUCUCUGGGACGCCCUUCCCAACCCGUCCUCGUGAUGCCAUCUCCUCCUCUCCCCUCCCUCCUCCUCCCGGGGACACCACUCCCUCCUCCCCGCACACCGUCCUCUUCUCUUCCUCCUUCCCAGGGUCGCCCUUUUCUCCUCCCCGCACACCUCUUCCCCUUCCUUCUCCACGGACACCCUUCCCUCCUCUUCCUCGUCGGGAUGGGGACGCCAUGCCUUCCUCCUCCCCGCACACCAUUUCCUCCUCCUCUUCCCCUCCCCUGGAACACCUUCCCGUGCUCCUCCUCCUCCCUGGGACUCCAUUCCCCCCCCCCCCUUUUCCUUCCAGGACAUUCCCUCUUCCUCCCUGAACACUGCUCUCUUCUGGGAUGCCCCCUCUUCUGUCCUUGGCUGUGGUGCGCUGGGCUUAGAAACACUGGCAAAGUCCCCCCGGAGGGAUCCAUGAUCAGUGGGAGGUGCUGGGAGGGCGCUCAGACAUGGAUCAAACGCUUUCAAAGUUGGUAGAAGAGCUCACGACUUCAGGAGAACCCCAACUGAGUCCUGAGAAAAUGAAGGAACUGAAGAAAAUUUGCAAGUCUUCGGAGGAGCAGCUCCGCCGCGCCUACCACCUGCUCAUGGCCCAGCUGAGCCGAGAGCACGCCGAGGUCCGCCUCUCCGCCUUCCAGGUCAUAGAUCAGCUCUUCGCCCGGUCUCAUCAGUUCCGGGUGCUGGUCGUCUCCGACUUCCAGGAGUUUCUGGAGCUCACGCUGGGCACCGACCACGAGCAGCCCCUGCCGCCCCCCAGGGAGGCGGCCCAGAGGCUGAGGCAGGCGGCCGCCGGGGCUGUCCAAGGAUGGAACGGGAAGUACGGCGCGGCCUACAAGAAGCUCGCCUUGGGCUACCACUUCCUGAGACACAGCAAACAGGUGGAUUUUGAGGACGUGAGCGUUCGGACUGUGGCAGAAAGAAAGCGGGAGGAGGAGAAGCAGAAACGCUUGGACAGAAUCUACAGGGAGAGGUGUGAGCGGGCCGUCAGGGACAUGGAGGAAACGUCUGAGGAGAUCCGGUGCUGCCUCACGGAGGUGGAGAGCUGCUUCAGGCUGCUGGUGCCGCUGGACUUGGCCGAGGGCCCGGGAGCCGCCUUGCCCACCGUGGCCUUCGGUGCGUCUGAAGGGGGCGCCCCUUGCCUGGCCGGUGCCGUGAGGCCUGGGGAUGAGGAGCCCUGUUGCAGCAAGAGCCUGCUCGCCUGUGCCCGCCCUCCGUCUCCUCCUCCCUGGACCGCAGGGGACUCAGGGGAGGACGACGAGGACGACGAGGACGACGAGGACCGGCAUGAGGACAGCGACGGUGACGAGGAAGGGUUUGUGCGGCGCCACGGACUGGGCUCCCACAAGUACACGCUAGACGUGGAGCUCUCCUCAGACGGCCUGAGGGUGCGCGAGGAUGAGGACAACCACGCCGUCAUCCAGUCUGCCCGGGACGCGCUCAAGCUUAUCCGAAACAAGUUCCUGCCGGCCGUGCGCUCCUGGGUACAGCUGUUCACCCGCGCGGGGAUUCGUGGCAGGCACUUGGAAGCCGCCAUCAACCUGAAGGCGGAACUGGAAACUGCCCUGAGGAGAUCUGGGGAGCUGGACAUCGGACCUGAGGAGGGGCGCGGGGGGAAGACGGGCCCAGCGGUCAGGGACGAGGACGAGGACGAGGACGAGGACGACGACUUCAUAGAGGUCCCAGAGAAGGAGGGCUAUGAGGCUUGCGUCCCCGAGCACCUGCAGCCCGAGUGUGGGCUGGAGAGGGACCCGGCGGCACGGGACUCACAGGCCCGGAAGAGGAUGAGGAGGGAUGAGGAGGCACAGGACCCCACCUGUGCUGCCGCCCAGCUGCACGCGCUGCACGGACGCUUGCCCCCGCCCCCGAGCCCCAGGGCACCUGUGGGACCAGAGGAGGCUGGGAAGCUGGCCGCAGAGAGGGCCCGGGCGCCUGUCGUGCCCUUUGGGGUGGAUCUGUGCUACUGGGGCCAGGAGCAGCCACCGGCCGGGAAGAUCUUCAAGUGUCCCUCUGAGCACCGCUUCUGGAAGCCCAGUGAAUCGCACGUGGAAGUGGACAACGCCAACGUCUCAGAGAUGCUCCGGAGCCGCUACAUCACCUUCGCGGGGAAGUUUGAGCCCGUGCGGCACCGCUGCCGCGCCCCGAGGCCCGACGGCCGGCUCUGCGAGCGCCAGGACCGGCUGAAGUGUCCUUUCCACGGGAAGAUCGUCCCGAGAGAUGACGCGGGGCGGCCCCUCCGCCCGGAGGACAGGGCCUGGGAGCAGAGGCGGCUGCAGCAGCAGCAGCAGGCAGGGCGCCCGGAGUGGCAGGACCCCGAGUUUAUGAGAGACGUGGAGGCCGCCACGGGAGUAGACCUUGGCUCGUCUGGGUCCAGCGGGAGAGGCAGAGGAAAGAGGAGGAGACGCUGUGGCCUCACCGACCUGAAGCAGCAGGCCGACACUGCCCGUGCGCGCAUCGCGAAGAAGGUGUUUGCUAAGGCAGCCGUGCAGAGGGUCGUCACGGCCAUGAACCAGAUGGACCGCAAGAAACACGAGAAGUUUGCAAACCAGUUUAACUACGCGCUGAAUUAGAGGGCCAGACUGGGCGUGUGUGGUCCCCUCUGGCCGCAGCUCCUCUUCGCCCUGUGCCAGCGCUCGAGGACGGGCGAGCGGGCACGGGACCGGGUCGCCACCACAGCCACCGUUCCUGUGUGUGCUUCGUGUGAGGAGUUAGCGCGUAUUCUAAUUAAAGUGCCCCAGAGCUAUGGACUGUCCCUCCCGCGGGGGUGCCACUGUCCUCUGGGCUCCGUCUGGCCCGAGAGCCUGGAGGACACACGAGCAGCUGUGUCUCAGUGGGGCCUCUUACAAAGCCUGUACGUCUUACGACGUGGCUCAGAGUCGAUGGGCCACGUGUGACCCCCGGCCCCCGCUUCCCGGCCUCUUCCCUGGGCGGUGAUCGCUCGGAGGGGCUCCAGGAAACCCACACUUCUACGCGCACACCGUUUCUAAGACGAACACGCCAAAAGUGAAGCGCUCACGGCGCUGUGCCUUGUGCCUCCGACGCACACGUGUGGGGUGGUGGCUCUGCGUUAGAAUGCCCACAGCUACCUCACUGCGCUUGUUCUUCCAAGGACCGCGUCACUGAGACAGAACCCACAUACCAUAGCAUUCACCCUUUCAGGACGUACAACUUAGUGUCACUAAGCGCGUUGACAGUGUUGUGCGACCCACACCACCUGAUUCCAGAACUUUGCGUCACCGCAGAAGCAGCCCUGUCCCCGUGGGCAGGCGCGUGCAGCACCUCUGGAUUUGUCUGCGGGUUUGCACCCUUUCUGGACGUUUCACGUGAAUGCCCCUCGCGUCCGGCUUCGUCCACUUAGCCCCAUGUCUCCAGGGUUGUUCCGUGUGAUAGAAUAUGCCAGAACUCCAGCCCCUUUUGUGGCCUAGUGAUGAUACCCCAUUGAGUGGAUGCCACACCCUGUUUAUCUGUUCAUCACGGACAUGUGGGUCGUUCCACAUCGCUCGUCUAUUACAAAUAAUGCUUCCGUGAACGUUUGUGUACAGGUUUUUGUGUGGACAUGUAUUUUCAUUUCUUUUGGGUUUACACCUAGAAACGGAAUUGCCAGGUCAUAUGGCGACUCUGUCUGACUUUUGGAUGAACUGCUGAACUGUUCCAACUCAGAGUUGGACCAUUUUAACUCAGCCGGACCAUCUUACUUACAUUCCCACCGCAGCGCGUGAAGGUUCCAAUUUCUUGUCUGCGCUUGUCCACACUUGUUAUUAUCUGUAAUUGGUGUAAAGUGGUGUCUUGAUUUGUAUUUUAGUCUGUAUUUUCCUAAUGACCAGUGGUAUCAUUUUUUCGUGUGUUUGUUGGCCAUGGAAAUACCCGUGCAGAUCCUUUGACCAUUUUCAGUCGGAUUGUCUGUUUUGAGUUGUAAAAAUUCUUUAUCUAUUCUGGAUGCCGGAUCCUUAUAUCGUGUGCCAAUAUCUUCUCCCAUUCUGUCUCACUUCCUCAGUAGUGCCCUUGGAAGCACUAAGUUGUUACUUUUGAUAACAUCCAGGAUCUGUUUUUUCUUUUGUUUCUUGUGCUUCUGGUGUGCUAAGCAGCAUGGUCUGAUCCAAGGUCAUGAUAUACCCCUAUGUUUUCUUCUAAGUGUCCUUAUCGGGUUAGCUCUUAAAUUCAGGUCAGUUUUGUUUUGAGUUAGUUUUGUAUAUGGCGUGAGGUAGGGGCCCAACUUUGUCCUUUUGUGUGUGGAGAUUAUUCUUUCCGACCCACUGAAUUAUCUUAACACCUUUGCUGAUUGUCGGUUGGCCAUAAAUGUAUGAAUUUAUUUCCGGAUUCUCAGUUCUGUUCCACUGACCUAUAUGUCCUUAUGCCAGUGCUGCAGUGUCUUGAUUAAUGUAGCUUGGUGGUAAGUUUUGAAACCUGAAAGUGAGUCCUCCCUCCAGCUUUGUUCUUUUUCAAGACUGUUUGGCUGGCCUGGGUCUCUUGCAUUUCCAAAUGCGUUUUAGGGUCGGCUUGUUAGUUUCUGCCAAAAAAAAAAGGCAGCUGAGAUUUUGAUAGAGGUUUUGUUGGAUGUAGGGGUCACUAAAUACUUAAUACCUAGCUGUGUGGCUUAUGCACUCGGGGUCUCAUGAUCGUCAGACUCUUCCCCAGCUUCUUUUAGCAACGUUUUGUCGGCGUCCACAUUUUGCACUCAUUUUGUUAAAUGUGUUCUCAAGUAUUUUAUUCUUUUUUUUUUUUUUUAACAUUUAUUUAUUUUUGAGACAGAGAGAGACAGAGUGUGAACAGGGGAGGGUCAGAGAAAGAGGGAGACACAGAAUCUGAAACAGGCUCCAGGCUCUGAGCUGUCAGCACAGAGCCCGACGCGGGGCUCGAACCCACGAACCAUGAGAUCAUGACCUGAGCCGAAGUCGGACGCUUAACCGACUGAGCCACCCAGGCGCCCUAUUUUAUUCUUUUUAAUGCUGCUGCAAAUGUAACUUUUUCUGAAUUUCAUUUUAGAUUGUUCUCAAUUUAUAGAAACUCAACUGAUUUUUGUAUGGUUUUGUAGCCUGAAACUUUGCUUAACUCGGUUAAUUCCAAUACAUUAGCACGUGCGUGCAGACUUCUUAGGAUUUUCUCAACAUGCAGUCACAUCAUCUGCAAACAAUGCUUCCUUUUCAGUUCGGAUGCCUUCGUUUUUUUCUUUUGCCUAACUGCUUUGGCAAAGUAGAAGCCUCGAGUACAGUGUCGACAGUGGACAUCCUCACCUUGUUCCUGGGCUUGGGGAGAAAGUUUUCAGAGUCUCACCCCAUGGUACGGUGUGGGCUAUGGGCUUUUGAAGAUGGUUUUCGCCAGGCUGAGAAAGUGACCUUCUAAUUCUACUCUGUUGAGUGUUUUUGUCUUGAAAAAACGUUGCAUCUGUCAGAUGUCCAUCCAUCUGUCUCUACUGAAACGAUCAUGUGGUUUUUGUCCUUUAUUCUGAUGAUAUGGUUUAUUAUGUUAAUUGGUUUUUGUACGUUGAACCACUCUUGGCUUUCAUGGGAUAAAUCCCACUUGGUCGUGAUAAUUCUUUUUAUGUAUUGCUGCAUUUGGUUUGCUAGUGUUCUGUGAUUCCAUUGACCUGGUGUGUAGUACUUUGUUAAGGACUUUUGUGUCUGUAUUCAUAAGAGAUAUCAGUGUGUAUUUCUUCUUGUGCUGUCUUUGUCUGGCUUUCGUACCAGAGUACUACUCGCCUCAUAGGUUGAAUUGGGAAGUGUUCCUUCCUCUCUUGCUUUUUUUGGGAACAAUUUAUGGAAGAUUUGUGUUAAUUCGUUAAGCAUUUGGUAGAAUUCGCCAGUAAAGUCAUUUGGUCCUGGA